AUGGAAGAAGAUAAUGGCAUUAGCAGCAACGAUGACAACGAUGUUCAAUUACCAUCAUUAUGUUGUCACAUUAUCCCACUAAUAGACAAUAUCGAUGGAAAUGACAACAACGAACAACAACAAAAACAACAGAACAGUCCUCCUGGCCCACCAGGUCCACCUGGCAAGCGGGGGAAACGUGGCAAGAAAGGUGAUCCAGGCGAGAAAGGUGAACCGGGCAUGAAUGGCAUCAAUGGCGAAAAGGGUGCUCCAGGAAGACCGGGUGAGAAAGGCUCCAAAGGAGAUGUUGGUCAUCCGGGUAUUGAUGUUUUCCAGACAGUUAAGGGCCUUAAGAGAUCUGUAACAACGUUACAUGGCGGUACUUUAGGCUAUGCGGAAAUUGUUGCAGUCAAGGGUUUACAAGAAGCCGGUGUUAAUGUUUCAACGGCAACUGUAAUACAAUUGAAGGGUGAACCUGGUGAGCCCGGUCCUCCAGGACCACCAGGACCUCCAGGUGACGUUGGUCAACCCGGCCUAAAUGGUGAACGAGGACCACCCGGUGAAACUGGACCAGCUGGUCCAGCCGGUCCUCCCGGAGAACCUGGACCAGUGGGACCUCCCGGUCCACCUGGUCCUGCUGGACUUAAGGGUGACAAAGGUGACCGUGGCGAUCGUGGCCUUACCACAACAAUCAAUGGUGAUGAAUUUCCAACAGGCAUUAUUGAGGGUCCACCCGGACCUCCGGGACCACCAGGACCCCCUGGUGUACCCGGUGAAAGAGGUGAAACCGGUCCUGCAGGUCCUCCAGGACCACCCGGUGAGAAAGGACCACGAGGCAAACGUGGCAAGCGGGUAAGUAACAUACUUUCUUUAUACACAUUUUAA